AAGCUGCAGAGGAAGGAAGGCUAUGUACGUAGCAUGGGUUUGCAAGACCAAGAUGUUUCCACUUCAUUCAUUUCAACAACCAACUUGAAAUUUCUUCAGUUCCCGGUGACAUGGAUGCAGCUAAAAUCACCAUGUUUCUGGGAGGAAGUCGGCAUGAUUUUGCAACUUGGCUUCUUUGGAAUCAUCUUCCUCCAUUUUGUUCAAAAGAUUGUGAGCAAAACCAGCUGGAAUAUUUCAAAUCAAGCUGCAAAAGACCAUCCCAUUGUUGCAAAACUCAGCCUAUCUUAUAGAGCCUCCAUAGUCUGCUCUACUUUAAUGUUGAGCAUUCAUGCCCUAAAGCUACUGAUGCUGCUAAAUAGUAUGAAUGAUACUCGUUGCAACUCCAAACUUGAAUCUUAUUCUUCGGAGAUUGUGCCAGUGAUUCCAUGGGCAGUGACAACAAUUAUUGUAUGCAAGGUUCCUAAAAAAGGACACAUUAGAUUUCCUUGGAUUCUUAGAGCAUGGUGGGCUUUCAGCUUCUUUUUGUCCAUUAUGUUCACUGUUCUUGAUAUCUACUUGAAAACUGCGAAGCCCGGGCAUCUUAAAAUGCUAGAUUAUGCAAAUUUUAUCGGUCUCCUUGCAUCAUUUGUCUUGCUGAUUAUAUCAAUCAGAGGGGAGACGGGUUUAGUCUUUACUGAUUCUAAUAGCAUUGCUGAGCCACUUCUCAGUGGAAAAACUAAUAAACCUUCGAACCAGAACAGGGGGUCUCCAUAUGGAAGAGCAACUCUUCUUGAACUUAUUACCUUUUCUUGGCUCAACCCAUUGUUCUCUGUGGGGAUCAAGAAACCCUUAGAAGAGGAUGAUAUCCCUGAUAUUGAUGUUAAGGACUCUGCGGAAUUUGAUUCCUUAGCCUUUUAUCAGAAUCUAAAACAAGUUAGAGAGAAAGAUGGUUCGACAAACCCAUCUAUUUACAAAGCAAUAUUUCUGUUCAUCAGGAAAAAGGCAGCAAUGAAUGCAAUGUUCGCAGUGAUAAGUGCAGGAGCAUCAUAUAUUGGUCCAUAUCUGAUUGAUGACUUUGUAAAGUUCCUAGCUGAGAAGAAAAACAGGAACAUAAAAAGUGGAUUCCUUCUCGCACUAGCCUUUCUAUGUGCCAAGAUGGUUGAGACAAUAGCACAAAGACAAUGGAUCUUUGGGGCCCGCCAGUUAGGCCUUCGGCUCAGAGCUGCUCUAAUAUCUUCCAUAUACAAGAAGGGGCUAGUUUUGUCCAGUCUUUCUCGGCAAAGCCACACCAGUGGAGAGAUCAUCAACUAUAUGAGUGUAGAUAUCCAAAGAAUCACAGACUUUAUCUGGUACUUAAAUAUCAUAUGGAUGCUGCCCGUACAAAUUUCAUUAGCAAUCUACAUUUUGCACAUAAGUCUAGGCUUGGGGUCUGUAGCUGCGUUAGCUGCGACUUUAAUAGUCAUGUCUUGCAACAUACCAAUAACAAGAAUCCAGAAAACAUACCAAUCUAAAAUCAUGGAUGCCAAGGACGACAGGAUGAAAGCUACUUCAGAAGUUCUUAGAAACAUGAAGACCAUAAAGCUUCAAGCAUGGGACAGUCAGUUCCUCCACAAGCUAGAGAGAUUGCGGAAGGUAGAGUAUAAAUGGCUAUGGAAAGCACGGAGAUUGGCAGCAACAUCAGCUUUCAUCUUUUGGGGAUCACCAACGUUUAUCUCUGUGGUGACUUUUGGUGCAUGCAUACUAAUGGGGAUUCAACUUACCGCUGGUAGAGUCUUGUCUGCACUGGCUACCUUCCGCAUGUUACAAGACCCUAUAUUCAAUUUACCUGAUCUGCUCUCAGUCAUAGCACAAGCUAAAGUUUCAGCAGAUAGAGUAGCUUCCUACCUCCAGGAAGAGGAAAUAGAGCAGGAUGCCGUCGAGCAUGUUCCUAAAGAUCAAACAAUUUUUGAUGUUGAAGUUGACAACGGGAAAUUCACCUGGGACCCUGAAUCAACCAAUCCUACCCUGGAUGGGGUGCACCUAAAAGUGAAGAGAGGGAUGAAGGUAGCAAUAUGCGGGACUGUGGGGUCAGGCAAGUCUAGCUUGCUUUCAUGCAUUCUUGGAGAACUAGAGAAGUUGUCGGGUACCGUAAAAAUUAGUGGUACAAAGGCUUAUGUUCCUCAGUCGCCAUGGAUUUUGACUGGGACUAUCAGGGAGAACAUUUUAUUUGGGAAUCCUUUCGACAAUGACAAAUAUAACAGAACAGUGAAAGCAUGUGCUUUGACAAAGGACUUUGAGCUAUUUGCUUGUGGUGAUUUGACGGAGAUUGGAGAAAGAGGGAUCAAUAUGAGUGGAGGACAGAAGCAAAGGAUACAAAUUGCCCGUGCAGUCUACCAGGAUGCUGAUAUAUACCUACUCGAUGAUCCAUUCAGCGCCGUGGAUGCUCAUACCGGCACACAUCUGUUUGAGGAUUGUUUGAUGGGAAUUCUCAAAUACAAGACUGUACUUUAUGUUACCCACCAAGUUGAGUUCUUGCCUGUAGCGGACAUUAUUCUGGUGAUGCAAAAUGGAAGAAUUGCACAAGCAGGCACAUUUGAAGAACUUCUGAAACAAAACAUAGGAUUUGAAGUUUUAGUUGGUGCACAUAAGACAGCACUACAAUCUGUUCUGACUGUAGAAAAUUCCAAUAAAACAUUUAUAGAUCCGGAAUGUGAUAGUGAAUCCAACACAGAUUCUACUUCUAAUGCCCAAGUCCUACAACAAAAGCCUGGCUCUGUUCCUCCAGAGAUAACAGAAAAUGGAGGAAAGCUGGUGCAAGAUGAAGAGAGAGAGAAGGGAAGCAUAGGGAAAGAAGUUUACUGGUCCUAUCUAACAACCUUAAAAGGAGGAGUCCUGAUUCCGGUAAUAAUUUUGGCACAGUCAUCAUUCCAAGUAUUACAGAUUAUAAGUAACUACUGGAUGGCAUGGGCUUCUCCUCCUACAAGUGAAACAAAACCUACAUUGAAGAUGAACUUUGUUUUGCUUGUCUAUUCGUUACUUGCUGUUGGAAGUUCACUUUGCGUCUUGGUGCGAGCCAUGCUUGUGGAAAUAACAGGACUCUGGACAGCACACACACUCUUCAAUAAGAUGCUGCAUAGUCUACUCCGUGCUCCAAUGGCAUUUUUUGAUUCAACCCCAGCUGGAAGAAUCUUAAAUAGGGCAUCUACCGACCAAAGUGUUCUGGACUUGGAAAUGGCAACCAGAUUAGGAUGGUGUGCUUUCUCAGUAAUACAGCUUCUCGGAACUAUUGCAGUGAUGUCACAGGUAGCAUGGCAAGUGUUUGUCAUCUUCAUUCCAGUAACUGCGAUUUGCGUAUGGUACCAACAAUAUUACAUACCAACAGCAAGAGAACUGGCCCGCUUAGCAGGAAUACAAAGAGCUCCUAUCCUCCACCACUUUGCAGAAUCACUUGCUGGUGCAGCGACAAUCCGGGCAUUUGGUCACAAAAAUCGUUUCAUUGAAGCAAAUCUUGGCCUAAUUGACAACCAUUCAAGGCCCUGGUUUCAUAAUGUCUCAGCAAUGGAAUGGCUUUCUUUCAGACUAAAUUUACUGUCCAAUUUUGUAUUUGCCUUCUCAUUGGUUGUGCUGGUGGCGCUCCCUGAAGGAAUCAUUAAUCCAAGCAUUGCAGGACUGGCAGUUACAUAUGGAAUAAAUUUGAAUGUGCUGCAAGCUUCAGUAAUAUGGAACAUAUGCAAUGCAGAAAACAAGAUGAUAUCAGUAGAAAGAAUUCUUCAGUACUCAAACUUAGCAAGCGAAGCAGCCCUUGAGGUUGAAGAGCGUAGACCCCCCAACAAUUGGCCAGAAGUUGGAACAAUUUGCUUCAGAAACUUGGAGAUCCGGUAUGCUGAGCAUCUACCAUCUGUUCUAAAAAAUAUCAGCUGCACAUUUCCAGGAAGAAAAAAAAUUGGUGUUGUGGGAAGGACAGGAAGUGGGAAAUCAACACUUAUACAGGCUAUUUUUAGGAUUGUUGAGCCCAGAGAAGGAUGCAUCAUAAUUGACAAUGUGGACAUUAGUAGGAUAGGCCUUCAUGACUUAAGAUCAAGACUUAGCAUCAUACCACAGGACCCUACAAUGUUUGAAGGAACUGUCCGAGGGAACCUUGAUCCUCUCGUGCAAUAUUCAGACAAUGAAGUAUGGCAGGUUCUCGAUAAAUGCCAACUUGGUGAAAUAGUGUGCGCAAAGGAAGAAAAGUUAGAUGCCACAGUAACCGAAAAUGGGGAAAACUGGAGUGUAGGCCAAAGGCAGUUACUCUGUCUUGGAAGGGCAUUGCUAAAGAAAAGCAGCAUUCUUGUACUGGAUGAAGCAACAGCAUCAGUUGAUUCUGCAACCGAUGGAGUGAUACAGAAGAUUAUUCAUCAAGAGUUCAAAGAUCGGACAGUGGUGACAAUAGCUCACAGAAUUCACACGGUUAUAGACAGCGAUCUUAUUUUGGUUCUAAGUGAUGGAAGAGUUGCUGAGUUUGAGACGCCUGCAAAACUACUAGAGCGAGAGGACUCACUCUUCUCUAAGCUUAUAAGGGAGUACUCCACUCGGUCAAAGACCUUUCAACAGCUUAGAAAAUCUGCAUAAGUAGAUCCUCCUUUUGUGGAUCGUAGAAGGUGGACAAGCUGAAACUGAAUUACACAAUGGAAACGGAAACCAAUGACCCCAUAAAGAUGUUAGAAUGAUCGGAUCAUUCAGCUAGCAAGCACAAUAGAGGAGACACUUGUCGAAUCGUCAGAAAUAAGUAGUAUGGUAUUAACUUAUAAUAACAUAGGACGCAGGAAACAGUCAAGGAUUUAGCUCCCUGAGUCCUAAAUUAUUAUCCUAAAAUCUUGAUAUUCUAUAUAACAUAACUCCUAUGAGACUUUUAUAUACUA